GUAUUUUACGACUUUUAUAACGCUUUGCGAUAAUAAUGAGAUUGGUUUAUGGUAAAAUAAUGGCGGCGCUCGUCUGCAUAGUGGUGUCGGCGAAAGACACCAAUGGUAAUUCAAUUUUUUCUGCUGUGGCAAUGUGUCAUCGGAUUACGGAUGAUUUUAGCGAUUUAUUCAUCGCAGCCGCAUCAUCAUCAGGCCUCGAAAUGUCGCCCGAAUGCGUGAAUUCUGUAAAUAUCUGCAGUAAAGUUGGUAGUAGCGAUAGAAUAAAAAUUUCGAACAUCAGCAUGCAACUAAAUGUCGCAGUAGAACUUGACAAAAAAAUGGUCGAAUAUACAAUUAAUUCUGCACGACUUCCAUCAACAAGUUCAAACUCCAAUGCAUUCACAGUUUUAAUGAACAAGCCCAAGGUAUGCAUUAUGCCAAAAAAAUAUGAAGUAAACACAAGCUCAAAAGUAAAGAAACUUUCUGGUCCACAACAACUGUACUGCGACUUGAUUGAUUGGGCCCAAAGUACUGGGUGUGGAUGGCCAUCUGAUAUUGUCGAGGACAGUGGAAAACAAGCCCUUAAAUCUCUCAGCAAUGCCUUGUGGUACGUAGAUCACUGCCAUGCAAGACUGAAAGAUGCCAGUUGUCAUGUUCCAACUGAAUUAAACAAAUUUCAAAAUUACAACAACUACAAAUUACUUUGGCACAGACCACCUAUUGUAAAGGCAGCCAGACUUGGCGAAUUGGUUGGUGAUCUAUACUCCGCCCUUAGUUUGCCAUCAUUGAGUGAUAAACGAAACACAGUGUUAGCCAAAAUCAUGGGUGAAUUAGCAGAAUCUCUAAAACAAUACAAAGACAGACUUGAAAAUGAUAACCAAAACACCAAAACAUAAGUCAUAAAAGAGAAACAGCUAACUGCGGUGACUCGAACUCGGUUUGCAUAGAUCUUGUAACACCGUCCAAUGUUAAAGAAGAAUAUAGUCAUUUAAAUUUGACAGUAGUGAAAACAUCAGAUUAUACCUAUGUGCACCUUGACAAGUUUUGUCCCGAUAAUCGUAUUGAACGUCGCAAAUUCAUCAAAAACCUUCGUUUGUCCAAACCGAUUAUGUUGUAUAGGGUUGCUUAUGGAGGAAGCAUAGGAACAUUAAAUUUCAUUUGGAGUGUUCCAGCAGGUCAAACAGAAGACAAAACAUCCCGCAACAUGAAAGUUAUCUCUCAAAUUUCAGAAGAUCUUCCGACGUUCUCAAGCAGGGCUAUGAGACAAGAAUUUAUUGACAAGUUUAUAAGUUAUGUGAAAUGCCCAAAGUCAGUCAUUAGACACAUGUAUUUUAGCCUAACAGGGCAUGAAGAAAGUGCCAAUUCUUCCAGUGAAAAAGAAAUUAAUGAAAGGGUGUCGAAGAUCAUAGGCGCAGAUGACUCUCAGUUAUUGAUUGAUUUACGAGCAACUAAUGGCUCUUAUACAUAUUAUGAUGCCUUUUUUGAAGAAAUGGGAAAGUUCUUUGAAGAACAGAUUUUACAGGUCAGUGAAAGACGAAAAUGUGAUGAAAUGUAUUUGCCAUAGGCAAUUUCAAUAGAGACUUUAAAGAAUGACAUUUGUAAAAGAGUGCCUGAUGGAACACCCAUUCCUAGCAAUGAAACGAUCCGACUGCAGUUUUGUUCCAGUAAUCCAUUUCAUAAAACUGCUUUAAGGUACACUGGUCAGUUCAAUGUUAAAUUCCGUGUGCAGACACGCUAGGCAAGAGUUUCACAUCCUGAUUCACACUAUGCUGCAAAAUACUUUCAGCAUAUGAAAGAAUUUUGUGUGAUGUUUAGAGACAGUGCUAUGUUCUUAUGCAUGGACGACAAGGCAAUAGUUCCAGUGGGAGAACCAGGAAUCCCUAUAUCGACUGGAGUAAGAGGGCAUAACAAGGUUCUAACACCUUCAGAGGGACCUGUAUUAGUUGCAACUGACCAUGAUUUUCAUCUUUGCGGUCUUGUUCCUUCAGUUGUUCUUGUCACAGAAAUUCCUAGGGACUCCAAAGACAGCUUCUUCUCAGGGGACAUGCAUGUGACAACAAAAGAAAAGGUAUUCAGCCCAUCUAGCCCAUUUAGACAUGCUGCUGAAGUUAUUGAACUCGUAAGAUUAAAUGAUGCCUACUCUGCAGAUGGAUUAAAUUUGAGAACCCCAAUCAUGUGCCUUUAUACUGAUGGAGGACCGGAUCAUAGAGUCACUUAUGAAACGGUUAAGUUGUCGCUCACUCUUAUCUUCAUGCAUUUAGAUUAGGACAUGCUAAUUGCACUCCGAACGGCACCAUCACAUAGUUGGACCAACCCAGCUGAACGUUGCAUGUCCAUUUUAAAUUUGGCCUUGCAGCAUGUUGCGCUAGACAGAAAUGAAAUGGAAGAGAAGUAUGAACAGAUGGUUAAAAACUUGUCUUCUCUAACUGCAGUAAGAAACCAAGCCAGACUAAAAGUCUCACAAAUGAGCUUGAAAGGAAACCCUGUUAAAACUUUGAAAGGGGCAUCAGAUAAAGAGAUCACAUCCAUCUUAGAUAUCACUGGUGUUGGCUUUGGAGCAGAUAGUCCAGUAGCCACAGCUGACACAAAAAGCGCUGAAUUGAAGAAAAGCAAGCAUCUGCAGGAUUUCUUUGAGAGGCAUGCAGAAUCAGGCCACUACUGCUUCCAGUUAAAGAAGUGUUCAUCCGAUGAAUGUGGUUACUGCUCCGUCAACCCAGUCCGAGAUCAGGAUGUUUUUGACCGCCUCAGGUUCCUCCCUGAACCAAAGCCGGACGAAAAUGGUGAACACUACCUACCAUUCAGUGAGUUGUUUGGGAAAGCCCUGACCCGUGACAAGUACAGACCCUCAACCAGACCAUGUGGAACCUAUGAUGAGGAAUUACAAAACCAUGAUAAAGAGACUCGAGAAAUUUUGAGGAAUGAGAAGCUUCGAGAUGCUGUCCUUUGCGGAGAAUGUAGCAGGCCAAGAUGUGUCUUCAGUCCAAACAAGCUUGACCGACAACAGGAGGAAUUCUUGCGGAACAUUAAGGCAUGCCAUUCGUAUAUCUAUGGAGAUCAGUUGGAAGAUGCACCUGACCUGUAUGUUCGGAGAUGCGUGACCUGCAGCUCUGAGGUGGAAACAGCUUAUUUCUCAGCCAAGUGUCGGCAUUACCUACCACCAGUGUGCAUCCACUGUGGAUCUCCUGACUGUCUGUUAGAUGACAACGAUGCAUAUGUUGCAGAUUUGUAUACAAAAUAUUCCAUAGUCAGGCCAAUUUGUGUGUCUUGUCGACAUUCUGGAAAAGAGGCAAAAACAUGGGGCGCCAAGAAGUUUGUAAAAAAACAAAAAGUCAAAUGAACUCAUUCAAGCCUUCAAAAGUUCUUAAUUUGAUUUGGUUUGUAAAUGAGACCAAAGCAAAAGUAUGUGUUUAUGAUGACCAUCAUCAUCAUGUUUAUAAAUGUUAACAUGUUGUGAUUGAAAAUGAAAAAUCAUGGAUUGGAAUAAAUAGCAAAUGCUUUAACUUUUAAAAAUAUUAGUGUUUCGUAUUUUCCAGUUUAAUUUCUAUUUCUACAGAUUUUAAUUGUUUUGUGUUAAGAUUAAAGUUGAUACUAGUCAUUUGUGAUGGCACUUUUCUUGGAAAAGUAUGUUUUAUUGUAAAUUGAUGUGUUUUUUAAAUAGUCACGCUAAAUAUUGUUCUACUACUAUUGUUAUAAAUAUAUAUUAUAGUACUAGUCAUUUAAUAAAUAUACUAGAACUGAUACUAGUCUUUUUAUGCCCCCGGUAGGGUGGCAUAUAGCAGUUGAACUGUCCGUCCGUCUGUCUGUCCGAAAACUUUAACAUUGGCCAUACUUUUUGCAAUAUUGAAGAUAGCAACUUGAUAUUUGGCAUGCAUGUGUAUCUCAUGGAGCUGCACAUUUUGAGUGGUGAAAGUUCAAGUUCAUGUAAAAAAAUAAAUAUAUAUUUUCAAAGCAGCACAGUAGGGGGCAUUGUGUUUCUGACAAACACAUCUCUUGUUUGGCACUCAAAUUAGACAAAUAUAUGUCGCUGUGCUAUGUUAAAAUAAAGGGCUCCUACUAAUCACAUCUAUAAAUAGUUUUGAUUAAAAGGCAUGUGUUUUAUAUUUAAAUAAAAAACUUUAACUAUC